ACCCUCUUUCCCCCGCUUUCCUGAAAUCAUGGCGACUGCGGCUAAAGUCAGUAAACCUGAGGGCAAAAAUAAUCAUGAUACGUCAGACGAACAAGCAGAUAAAGAACAGCAGGAGGCUAUAGAACAAAUUGAUGAGGUUCAGAAUGAAAUCGACCGACUGAACGAACAGGCCAGUGAGGAGAUUCUCAAAGUUGAACAGAAAUACAACAAACUACGGCAACCAUACUUUGGAAAACGUUCAGAUCUUAUAAGCAAAAUACCUAAUUUCUGGGUAACAGCUUUUGUAAAUCACCCACAAGUAUCUGCUCUGUUGAAUGAAGAAGAUGAAGAAGCAUUACAGUACCUCACGAAGGUUGAGGUUCAAGAAUUUGAAGAUAUCAAAUCUGGGUACAGAAUAAACUUUCAUUUUGAUGCCAAUCCUUAUUUUGAAAAUGAAGUAAUAACUAAAGAAUUUCACCUAAAUGAUACUGGUGAACCCUCCUCUAAAUCUACACCCAUCAACUGGAAGGCCUCAAAGGACUUAACAAAAAAAUCCAGUUUGGCAGCGAAAGGUGGAAGGAAACGGAACUACGAUGAGCAAGAAUCAUUUUUCUGUUGGUUCGCCGAUCAUGGGGAUGCAGGUGCUGAUGAGCUGGGAGAAGUUGUGAAAGACGACAUCUGGCCCAAUCCUUUACAGUACUAUUUGGCUUCAGAAAUAGACGAGGAGGCGACAGGUGAAGUUGGGGAAGAUGAUGAGUUGGAUGAAGAAGGCCUUGAGGAUGACGAAGGUGCUGAAGAAGAUGAUUUGGAGGAAGAUGAGGAGGCUGAAGGUGAGGAGGCGGAGGAAGCGGAAGAUGGGGAAUAAAUGGCUAUGUCACUCAUUUUAAUCAUUGUUGAUCAUCUCAUUGAACCCGUCAUCAAUUAGCCUUACAGUCUGUGCAGCAAACGUGUUUGUCACAUUAUCACAUUGCAGGUUUCUAACCGUACUGCUCCCAGUUGGAGAACCAUGGCAUGAAUCGUUGGGACUCUGAACACAGUAAAUCGUUAAUGGCAUUCCGCAUUUGUGUCGUCUGUACUUUUGAUUCUGCAGGGACUGCAUCAUUUAAUGUUGACACAUGUUUUAAUUGAUUGCUUUCAUGUUUGAAGAAACGACUCCCAUUACACAGUGUUGUAUCCGAUUUGAACAUUGUAGUCAGACUUGUGAAUUUAUUAUUAAUUAUUUUGUGGGGAGUAGCUCAUCUGAACGUAAUUGCAGACGAGGUGAUGUUACUAAUCAAUUUUAGGUUUAAAGUCUACAUUGUUUUCAUCAUACAGUAUAAAACUAAUGGCAUUACAAGUUAAACCUUUGUUCAAGCAUUUCACUAUGUAAUAGUAGAGCGCUGCUCAUAUUUGUUUAAUAUAUAGUCGACAUUAUCUCUUUCUUGAUAUCACUGUUCUGCUGCCAGAAUCAUGAAUACGUAAUAUACUUUCUAUUUGGUUGGGUGUAUUCAAGAAACCACAUAACUGCGUUAAUGUUUUUCGUAAGCAAUUUGUAUUACUAAUGAAUCUAAGCAUUAUUGGUACAGGUACAUUUGUGCUGCUAACAAUUUGGUUUCCUUGAUGCUGAAUAUCUUUAUACCUAUCUUGGUUUACUAAAUAUUAAGGGGUUUUUUUACUCAUUCUUUUUGCUUGCAUCAUUGGGAUUAAGUGAGGUAUGAUUUCUUGAGACAAAAUCUGAACACAGUUAAGGCCUCUUGAAAAUUGCAAGUUCGGUCAUAUAUUUGCAUUGCUUGUGCAAGUCUUAGUUUUGUGUAACCCAUUUUUUGUUCACAUAUUAAAUGUAGAACAUUUACAAUGAUUGUGAUAGGUUGCACAAAACUAAAUUGGUUGGCUGAAUUUGUUUUUGCAUUACAACUUGUAAAUGGUUUAUAUGCCAAUUUUUCAAUUCCCAGAGGCCUGCAGUGUUGUAGCUCAUAAGCUAUCUUUUGGACGAACUGUGGUUUCUGCAAGAAUGUGACGCUUUCUAAGAUGUUUGUUUUCAUUACUCCAUUUUCAUUUACGUUGGAGAUUUCAACCCAACUUAACUGAAAUAGCCCCCAUUUUAAAUGUGAUUGUUUGUAUAUUUGUAGCCUUUUUAGCUCAUGAUUUGUCUUAUGUUAAAAAUAUUUCCUCCUCUAAUUCUGUCUAGUUGUUGGUGACUUCCGUUUGUUACAUGAAUAUCAUUUUAUACUGCUUGUCUGAUAAUAUACUAGUGUAUGCAGAAUCAAGAUUAACACCCCUAAACUAAAAACACCCCUGAAAUACAAAAUGAUACAUGAGAUAUACAUUUUAAAUACAUUGUCUUACUAACAAAGAUGGCAGAUCGUUUUAAGAUUGAAGAAAAAUGUAAAUGCCGAACUUAAACAUUAAUGAAAAGAAUAUCCUGAAUUUUUGUUUAAUUUUUACCAUUUGAAAAAUAUAUUGGUCUUAACAGAAGAAAUUUUAGCUGUAGAGUAAUGUGCUUUGUCGUGAAGUAAGACAUUUUAUUAACAUGGACGUUUUUCAUCUUUGUAGGUGUACUUUGCAUCAAGCAGUAUUUCUUCACCUUUAGAAGUGAAAUUUUCACAAUGUAAUUAUUUUUAUACUUUAAGGUUAAUCAUUCAUUUGCAUGUAGUAUUGUUGGAAACGUUUGAUGUACAGUAACUGUCGAGGCCACCUGCAGUUUGAUUGCAACAUGCAUUGUUUUGUUACGGUUUGGGGGAUACUUAUGAAAGUCUCUUACUUCUUUGUAUGCAAGGCAACUACUUUUUGCUAAAAAAAAAUUCCUUCUCCACAAACAAAUGAUAUAUGUCAUGAAAAUAUUACAGUUUAGCUGUUUAUAAAUUUGAUGUAGAGUCAUUGAAAUUGCACAUUGGUAAUGUGUGUUUUAAAAUUAAAACCCACGUCCAUACGGUUUCGGUUUGGCAGUUAUAUUAAGAAGAAAUCAUGCUGUGUGGUUUUCCUGACCAGCGAGUCCCAUUUGGAUCAGACUGAAAGGUUCUGGUGUUUCAUUGUCAUUAUCACCUUUUUACUCAUCUCAACCCCAUGAUUCCGAGAAAAGCCAGCGGAAAAUAGGAAUAUGUGUUUGUCGAGAGAUGUAUUGUGGUCUUACAAUCUAUCCAGCUUUCAAUUGUUUUUGUAUUUGAAAAAUAGCUGUUCUCCCAUUACAUUCAGACACCCUUUCAUUCGUCAUGAUUAAAAUGUCUUGAAAUAUUUAAAAAUUAAUAUUAAUUUUCUAAAGUGGACACUAAUACAAGUGAAUUGAUCAUCUGUAGGUUUUAGCAGGCUGCUGGCAUUGGCUGCAGGACAGAUGAAAUGUAAACAGAUUUACGGUGCACUUGGUACCUCAGAAUACUGUAACCAAAUUGCCCCAUUGCUGUAGAAAUCAGACUGAGGCUUUAAAAAAAUCUAUAUCUAACUUGCUGAGCACCUCAAAAAUAGUGCCAUGGAAGUAUGUCUUUGGAAAUUGGUUUCAUAGUGUUUCAAGUGCAUUGAAAAAGGUAUUUCCUGCUUGAAAAUUCUCUGUACAACUUCCUUGCAUUCUUGAAAACAUUCUAUCGGUUAAAAUGAUCAAUGCUGUUUGGUGGUAGAUUUAAAAUGCACCGUUUCCAUAUCUCAAAUGCAAAGAACUUUGGCAAUGUUUGGUUAUAUUUAAACUCCUCAAAUUUUACUUGCAUGCAGAGAUAAAAUUGUCAUCAAAACUACCAUUUCAUUGUAUCGAAUACACAGGUUCAGUCACCUAUGAAUGGUAUUACAUUGUUUGGGGGGGGGGGGGGGGGGGGGGGGGUGGGGGGGGGGGGGGUGUGUAAAUAUUUUUAAAAUAUAGAUCCUUGAUUAAUAAAUAUGAUAUAUAUUGGCCUCCUAGUCCAUUGUUCAUUACCAAGCACCCUGAAGGUUUUCAAACAAUCCAUUUCUAAUUGUCAUCAGUACAUGCAUUUCAUACAGUUUACAGGUUAAUCAUUUUAUAUUGGGUCAUACCACAAAAUUUACUACAUUUUAUUACUGUAGGUUUUUUAUUAUUUUUAUUUCCUCUGAAGGCUGGAUAGAUUGUAAAGUGUUUUUGGGUUUCCAGCUUUAACGAUUUGUAGGUCAAAAUGCAGCACAGAAUAGUAGUAACCAUUGACUUGUACUAUUCAAACCCUUCGAUCUACAUCACUUAAGAUGACAUAAUGUGCUGAAGAAAAGUUCACUUCUGCAGAUUGUUUGACUUUUCAUUAACAAAAAUCAUUGGUGUAUGUGAAAAUUUGCUAUACUGACAUUAAAACAAGAACAUCUUUGUUUAAAUGACAAAAUUGUAGUGUUUGAAAAUGCUAUCGAUCCACAAGAUUCAACACUGAAAAAACUAAAAUUGUAUUUUUAAUAUUUUCUGCAUCAGUGUUUUCAAAAAUAAUUACUGUUCGACAUGUGCAACAAAAAUGUUUUUUGUAGUGAAUGUUUCAUCAGUGUAUUUUGGUGGUCUGUUGUGAUCUAGGUUGCAGAGUUUAUCCUUUCUCCUGUAUACUAUUUAAACAUCAAAGUGUUCGUAAUUGAUCUUUGAAACGGUUUACAAUUGUAAAUAAAAUUGGUGCAAGACAAUAAUCUUGUCGGAGGAAUUAUUUCAUAUGCAUGCUUGUUUACAGGUUAAAGCUGGAAGUUUGUGACAAACGAAAUGUGUUUGAUAAGUGGUGUGAAUUUUUUUUUUUUUUUUUUUUUUUUUAUAAAAUGUUUCAUAGUAUGUCGGUGAUGCAUCAGAUUUUAUCAUGUCAUUACAACAAUCACAAAUGUCAAAAUAAAGAUGUGUCAUAAACAA